AUGGCUUUGAUCUCGACUACCAACGUGUUCAAUCUCGCGAGUUUCCAGCUCAAACAAACUGAAAUUCCCUUUUCAACUUUCAGCGUCAUUCGCAAGCGUUUUGGAGAUUGUCCUGACCGCAAUGUGCGUCUCAGAACCAGAAGAAACGCACUGAUUCUUCCCAAAAUCAAAGCUCAGAAUCUUCCCGACUAUGUUCCGGAUUCUAAGUUUUACAAAAUCGAAGCGAUUCUCAGGCCAUGGAGAAUUCCUCAUGUUUCUUCGGCUUUGUUGAAAAUGGGAAUUCGUGGCGUCACUGUAUCUGAUGUCAAGGGGUUUGGUGCUCAAGGUGGUACGAAAGAGAGGCAUGGAGGCUCUGAAUUUUCUGAAGACAAUUUUGUCGUCAAAGUUAAAAUGGAAAUAGUAGUGAAGAAAGAUCAGGUUGAGACAGUACUAGACAAAAUUUUGGAGACAGCGAGGACUGGGGAGAUUGGUGAUGGCAAAAUUUUCUUGAUGCCAGUAUCUGAUGUAAUAAGAGUUCGCACAGGUGAGCGUGCGGAAAAGGCUGAGAGGAUGGCUGGUGGGCUAGGUGAUCUAUCAUCUGUUAGAACCAAAGAAUAG